AUGGAUUCCGUUAGAGGACAAGGAGGCAUCCAGAUGCUGCUAACAGCAGAACAGGAAGCUCAACACAUUGUCAACAGCGCUAGAAACUCGAAGAUGGUGCGCUUGAGACAAGCUAAAGAAGAAGCUGAUAGGGAAGUGCAACAGUAUCGCACUAAUAUGGAGGCUGAUUACCAAAACAAACUUUCUGAGACAAGUGGGAGUUCUGGAUCCAAUGUAAAGCGGCUCGAGGAAGAAACAGACACGAAGAUUAAGAGCUUGAAGGAAUCGGCCGCCAAAGUCCAAUCAGAUAUUGUUGGCAUGGUUAUGAAGUAUAUCACUAAUGUGAAAAUCUGA